UCCACACUACCAACAACUUUUCACGGUUCAGAGCGCAUUUUCAGUAUUCAGUCUGUAAGCGCUUUAGUAAACAAACUCAAUUCGAGGCGUUCUAACGUAUUCCAAGUGCGUGAAGAUAGAGGAUCGCGAUCCGGGCUAGAAGAUAUAUAUCCCAACAAGUGUUUUGUGAGGAAGUAGUUUACAGUUUGGUGGAAAUCCAGUUUAAAUAUUCGUCCCUGUUACUAAAGAAUAUCCGGGAAAAUCCGAUAAAAUGGCCAUUAACAAGUUAUCCAUCAUUAAGUUUUUGGAAUGGGUCUUCACCAUAGCCUGUCUUGGUCUUCAUUACCAAACAAUGAGUGAAUCGGAUCAAGUCACCAGACUUCUCACUGCCGGAACAUUUGUUGGAUUCACAAUUAUCCUUAUAGCCUUAUUCGCAGGUUACCUGAUGAAUACUCCCAUCAACAAGAGGCUGGAUCUUUUCUUCAGUUUGAUUGGUUGCGCUCUUUUCAUUGCCUGCGGUGCUCUCAUCAUCAAGGAAUGGGAAAACGCUUGGAACAAGGACGACAAAAGAAUGGCCAUGGCCAAGGGAUCAAUAUCCAUCAUCAACGGAGUUGUCUUCUUCAUUGAUGUUGUUCUUACAUUUAGAGAUUAAGUCGUUUAUCUCGAAUUUACACUGUAAUUCUACUUUUACAAUACUUUAGAUUGUUAGAUUUCCAACGCUUGAACCAAUUUUGAAUCUUAUUUUACAAAAUGAAUUAGUCAACGAAGAUCCUAAUUUUCUUUUUGUUUCCUUUUUUUUCGCUUUUUAAAACAUCACAUUCUACAAAAAUGGACUAUUUUGACACUGUCAUGAAUUUUUUUAUACAAUAUCUUAACGAAACAAAGACUUCCUUCAAAGAAAUGCCUUAAGAUGCAGAUGGCAACCAACUCGUACAAAAACUAAAGAACUGUUACUGAUAAUGUUCAUUUAGGUAAUCCGGGUAAGCCAUAAGAAAAUGUUUUAAUUGAAUUGCAUACACGUUUGUAGGACACACAACAAUGAGGAAUUUAUUUAAGUAACUUCUCAGAAGAUUAAAGUAUCUUUGCAUAGAUAUUCUUUAAGAAAAAGAAAAUUUAGAAUCUUUUACUCGGAGAUUUUUCUAUAUAUACAUAUUUCUUAACUGUAUUUUUUUAUAUUUUUUUUACACAAAUAUUCACAGAGAUAAGGUUGAAACUACGUAAUAUGGACGUUCUAUUUUGACAAGAAGAAACAGAGUUAUGACGUGAAUUCAUAAAUGUAUUUAUUGUACUAUAUUAUAUGGAGUUUAAUAUAAGAAUAAAUGUGGAAUCUAAAAAA